ACCGGCAGGUGGCGCUAAUGCUCCUUCGUUAACCGCCAUCGGGCUCAAAGAGGAAAAACACGUUUUCCGUUUCCUGUCCAGAGAUCCGAUCCACUUCAUCUUAUCAUAAUGCCUAAAUCAAAGGAAGUGCUGUCCUCCGCAUCUGGGAGUGACUCUGACAGUGAAGUCGAGACCAAGGCAAAGAGAAAGAAGCCAUCAGCACCAGAGAAACCAGUGAAGAAACCAAAGAGCGGAGAGAGCUCCAAGCCCAGCGGCUCAUCAAAGGGCAGUGGGAACGGUGACGACAACAUGUUCCAGAUUGGGAAGAUGAGAUACGUCAGCGUCAGAGACUUUAAAGGUAAAGUCCUGGUCGACAUCAGAGAGUACUGGAUGAACCCAGAAGGGGAGAUGAAGCCGGGCAAGAAAGGUAUUUCUCUGAACCCUGAACAGUGGAACCAGCUGAAGGACCAGAUGUCAGACAUCGAGGACGCUAUAAAGAGAACAUAAUCAUUCCUAUCAAUGUUUUCUGUCCAACACUUUCAACGUGUUGGCUAAUUUCAGUUUUGUAAAGAAAAAUAGUCGAGGUUGUUUUGUAGUUGUGUGGAUCUAGUUUUGUCUGUGUGAGUUUUUGUCUGUGGUGUGGUGUGGUGUGGGGGGUUGGGCUUCAAUACAGUGACCUUUUUGUAUUGACUAAUAAAAACAAAGCACUGACUUAA